GGUCUCGCGCAUCCUCAGGUCGGUAUAUAAAGGCGGAGCGGCGGCAGCAGCAGGACGGCUGGGACCGAGCAGCCCGGACUCACCUUAUUAUAUAGCGCGUAUACAGCUGGUUAAAAUGGCGAGCUCGGCUAACUCAAACCCAGUGCCUAAACUCUAUAAAACUGUGAUAGAGGAUGUGAUUAAUGAAGUCCGAGAACUCUUCCUGGAUGAAGGUGUGGACGAGCAGGUUCUCAUGGAGCUCAAAACACUGUGGGAGAAUAAACUGAUGCAGUCGAAGGCUGUGGACGGUUUCCACUCCGAGGAGCAGCAGGCGGUUCAGGCUCCACAGACGCAGGUUCAACAGGUCCAACAGACCCAACAAACACAACCACAACAGGUCCUGCUUCCUCCAGCACAUCAAGCACCACAGCAGCAGGUGAUCAUCCAGGACUCCAAAAUGCUGCAGCACAUGAGCACUACAGGCAUGAGUGCAGCCGCCACUGCAGCGACUUUGGCAUUGCCCACCGGAGUCCAAGGAGUCGGACCCUACCAACAGCUCAUCACUAAUCAGGGUCAGAUCCUGCAGGUGGUGAGAGCUGCUAAUGGCGCUCAGUACAUCUUACAGUCUCAGCAGUCCAUAAUGUUGCAGCAGGGGGUUCUGCCUCAGUUACAGACUGGUGGCGUGCAGGCUCCUGUUAUACAGCAGGUGUUGACCCCAGUGCAGGGUGGUCUUUCUCAGCCCGGUGUGAUCAUUCAGCCUCAGCAGAUCGUCCUGACACAGAAUAAAGUGCAGCAGAAUACUCAGGUGAUGCAGGCAGCCCUAGCUCAAGCACAGCCUCAAACACACACACAGACUACACAACAGCAACAAACAGCACAACAGCAAGCGCAGCAGCAGCCACAGGCUCCCCUGGUGCUCCAGGUGGACGGAGCUGGAGACACCUCAUCAGAGGACGAUGAGGACGAGGAAGACGAAUACGACGAGGAUGAUGAUGAGGACAAGGACAAAGAUGGAGGAGAGGAUGGCCAAGUAGAGGAGGAGCCGCUGAACAGUGGAGAUGACGUGAGUGAUGAGGAGGAUCAGGAGCUGUUCGACACUGAGAACGUCGUCGUGUGUCAGUAUGAUAAGAUCCACAGAAGUAAGAACAAAUGGAAAUUCCACCUGAAAGAUGGGAUCAUGAACCUGAACGGACGCGAUUACGUUUUUUCCAAAGCCAUCGGAGACGCGGAGUGGUAAACAAAACCGAGCGAACGCCCAGCGACCGACGGACUCCAGAGCGUGAGUGAGUGAAGCGUCAGAUUUCUGCCGGAGGACGGGACUGUUUCAGCAUCAGGACAAAACACAGUGUGUGAGAUGAUGAAGGACGUCCCGAAACUGUACGACUUUAAAACAAAAAAAAUCCAAAAAAAAAAAUCAUCUGUACAUUUCUCGCGUGUUUUAGUCUGUGGAUCGACGACAACUGCCAUUUUUUUGGCUCCUUCAUCCUCGGAUGGACGUCUUUAACUCGAUAUAAAAAACUUUAACGCCCAGCUCGAACAAAACAAAACAAAAAGCGAUCAAGUAGAGGCUUCGUGAGCAGAUACGGUAGUGCCUCGAAUUAGCUGUGAAGUAGGCGACGUGUGCCGCCGUUCGUGUUUAUCGUGAUGAAACCUUCGAUGUCGUCACAGUGUCUGUUCAUCACUCGCUUCCUGGGACGAACGUAACGCAACAUAAUGCUGCCUUCAGAUCUGUCCCGAGAUUCCUGUCCUUAUCCUGUCUUCUCACACGACUCCUACACUCUGACGGCAUACUGGUGAUAUUGUACACGUGGAAUAUCGCAAUAUUCUUCGCACCGAUUAACGGCACGUGCCUGCUGCGACGUCUUCGGACCCUCAGCCUUCCUACCUUUAGAUUAGCGUGUUGGUUUGUGGCGUUGUUAGUUAUACGGAUUUAAAUUUCAGAUUUUUGUGCUUAGCAAGUCCUGUGAUAUGUUUUACACACACACACACACACACACACAUUAGCUUGAUUCCUUUUUAUUUUUUUAAAGACCGUUCUUUUUUUCCAGCAUUGUAAAAAAUGAACACUAAAAAUA